AUGACAACCCCGCCGUCUUCACCGUACUCACUAGCGGAUUUAGUACAUGAUGUACCGUUGACUAAUGAGGAGAUUGCGCCCGAGCCUGGCCAGAUUUCUGCGGUUGAGACGUACGAUCUCAAUUUGUAUGUUGGUACGAGUCAAGGAGAGCUGAUCCACAUGUUUUGGAUCGACGACGAUACCGGAUACAUGGCGGUGUCGAGACAGCAGUUCAGCAGUAAGAACAAGCCCAUAGAUAAAAUUCUGCUUCUUCCCCAGGUAGCGAAGGUGCUCGUACUCAGUGGAGGAACCGUCCAAGCGUAUAUUCUUCCAGAACUGUCCCCGGCCAACAUAGGAAAAAUCAAGGAUGUCAAUGACAUGUGCAUAGAUCUGGACGACAGGAAGCUGGACGCUAAAGAGGAAAACUACGUUGGAAGCGUGAGUAAUAUAGACUGGCAUGUGUAUACCGAUGUCACGGUUUUCACCGGCAAGAGCAUCCGAUUGGUCCGCAUAUUUGACGAUAGCAUCAAGCUGGCCAAAGAUUUCAGCUAUCCAGGUACCAUGCGAGGUGUCAGACGGUCCAACUAUGUUGCCGUUGGCUCACAGACGAGCUACGAUUUGAUUGAUCUACUUCAAGGACAGAAAAUUCCUCUUUUUCCCUCGCCCGAGUACCGUCCACAAAUACUGGCCCUUGGAACGAACGAGUUCCUCAUGGCCUGCGGGUCGUCUGACGGCCCUGCAAUGGGAAUGGUGGUCAAUAUCUCCGGAGAAAUCUCCAGAGGCACAUUCACCUGGCCGGAGUACCCCAGCUCUCUGGAAGUCGAUUAUCCGUACCUGAUUGGUGCUUUUGGCAAGUCUCUCAAGAUCUACUCGCUUCACGAUCAACAGCUUGUGCAGACGCUCGAUUUUGAGUCUGAGGUGGAGGUCACGAGUGUCAGUCAUCUUUUCAAAUCCGAUGACGAUGGUCUCAAGUCAUUACUGGAACGGACGCCGAUAAUAUAUCAGUCCACAGCAGAAGAGGUGCAGAAAAUUGCAGAGGAAUCUGAUCAGCACUACGGCACCAUGUCGACCACUCUGGUAUACGAUAGAGAUGGAAAAAAUAUCCGAUUGAUUAAGCUUCAAGCCAAGCCUUUGCGUCUGUUUCAGGUGUACCAGGCUGCCGGAAAGGACAAUUGUUUGGAAGUGUUUGACGAGAUACUGGAUGAAUACAGAAACCCAGACGUGUGCAACGAAGUCGAGAAACUGUUUAUUCUGCAUCUGCUGGCUCUUUUUGGCCUCAAGUACGAGAUUUUCGACCAGUGCUACGAUAUAUGGGCCAGCAAUGUCGACAAGCUUGACCCGCGUCUGCUGCUGUAUGCGUUGGGAAUCCCAAAAAGCGAGAUAUUUGGGUCGGUUUGGAUUUUCAGAGGACUGGCAGACGAGCUCGAAGACAUUAGGAACAAGUACAGCGCCAGCGCUCGGGCCGAGGAGUUUCUUCAUUUGUACUUGUCCACCUGUAUUCUAGCGGCGAAAGACCGCGAUCUCUUGAAAACCAUCGAAUUCAACCUGGCCAGACGGAAUUUGGAGUCGCCUGAAUUUCUGACACAGUUGAAUAACAUCAAGUACAGCAAGAACGAAAUUAUUGAGAUGCUGCUUGAGACAAAAAAUUACUACUAUCUUGCAAGGUUCUAUGAGAAGCUUGAAGACAAAAGCCAGACGCUCUAUUACUGGAGAAAACUAGUCGAGGGCGAACUCAUAGACCCCAGGUUCAAGGUAGAUGACCCCUUGGAAUAUGUGGUUCAAUAUCUGCUCACUUGCGACGAGCCAUUGAUCGAGACGCACGGCCAAUGGCUGCUCGAAAAAUACCCUGAAUACGGGCUCCAGCUAUUUAUGCACCCCAAGCUGAAAGACCAUACCUUCAAGGACGUCAAGAUAUUGCAGAUGUUGUCGGAACAGCACAGAAGAACGUAUUUGCACUAUAUGGUGACGGCCAAGGGAGAAAAGCAAUUCACGGGAGACCUCAUUUUGUCACUGCUCAAAGAACUCAUAGAAAUGAACGGUAUGCAACAAAUCGUCGAAAAAUAUGCAUCACUGCCGGUUCCGAAACUUCAAUUUUACGAGUUCUUGGAGCUGGAGUCGGCUAGGGAACACUCCCGUGCAAUUGAAUUGCAUGAUCAAGUUUACCACUAUUUGCUGCAGAUAAGCAAAGACACCAUAUCGAUAUUGGAUCGCAAAAAUGUAGCCGAGCAGUGUCUUGAAGUAGUGGGGGCUCAUGAAGGCCUUUAUCCACUUUUGGAGGCAGCCAUAUACUACAAACAGGCACAGCAUGAAAAAGUGGUGGCAGAGUUUCUGAAACUGGAGGAUUACGAAGCAUGUGAGAAUUUUGCUCGCACAUUAAAACUCCCAGCAGACUCGCUAACCGACAGCCGCGGGAGUCCACCAUCCACGGCAUCGUCCAUCUCUAGGACAGAUUCUUUGCAGAUGCUACUCUUCGAAAAGUAUUUGCAAUUGGAACGCCCGGAGUUGAUCGAGCGAUUCCUGAAUAACAACAAUGUAUUUCAGGACGUUGACGACGAGGCCAACAUUGCAGCUAAGAUGGACAAAUUUGUCAGUUUGCUCAACAGGAUCCCAGACACUUUCCCCAUCUGUAAAUUGGACUCGUUUCUGGUAACCAACCUGAUCAGCUUCCAGGACCAAGUGGACGAAACAACGCUCUACAAAAACCUGAGCCGCGCAUUAUAUACGAACUUGAAGGGACUGAAGAAUUAG